GGCUGGCAUUCCACCAAGUGGUAAGAGGGUGAUGAGAGGUCUGGCUGCUCUUGCGAGUCUUUAGUGGGUUUGUUACUAGGUAACAGGACCAUCUUUCUGCUGUGUAUUUUUCAUCCACUGAAGGCACAUUCAAAUAUGUAUCAAAGGAGUAUCCCUGGAAUACAGUCAAAAGAACAUUCUCCCAGACAGAGCUGUCUGGAGCUAGUGAUGGCCGCAGCAUUAGAAAAGGCUCACUCGCCAGCUCCUCUGAAUCUAAAGAAGGAGGUGUUUCCGGUUGUGAGAGAGGAUCCCACCUCACCUGGCCUACGAGGAAUCAAGCUGCAAGGGAACAGCAAAGGCCUCAGACUGGAGUUGCUGUGCAAACAGUUCAGGCAGCUGCGCUAUGAAGAGACUACAGGACCUCGGGGUGCAUGGAAUCAGCUCCAAGAGCUCUGCCGACUUUGGCUGCAGCCUGAGACCCACACCAAGGAGCAGAUCUUAGAGCUGCUGGUGCUGGAGCAGUUCCUGACCAUCCUCCCUGGAGAGCUACAGGCACGGGUGCGGGAGCAUCACCCAGCAAGUGGGGAGGAAGUGGUUGUUAUGCUGGAAGAUUUGCAGUCAAAACUGGGAGAAACAGAACAACAGGACCCAGACCAAAAAAAGAAGCAGAAACUGCAUGUAGAGGACUCAGUCCCCGAAAAAGCAGCACAGCCCCCACAGGCCCUGCAAAAGUAUGAAAUUGCAAGGCCUGAGAAAGAAGAGGAAGGUGAGGAGGCAAGGAUUGAUAAUGGAAAGCUGGUUGCAGAGACAGCUUCUGAUAGAGGGGUGGAGUCAUCUGGGAAGGUAUCCAAACCCAUAAAGGCUCAUUGUGAGGACUCUAACUUGGAAAGGCAGCAGACCAAGCCCAAGGAGAAGAAUUACUAUAAGUGCUCAGAAUGUGGGGAGGAAUUCGUUCAGCACUCAGAUCUGGUAAAGCAUGAAGAUGUACACACAGGGCAAAAGCUCUGUGAAUCCCAAAUUGGUCAGAAUUCUUGUCAUACUGGACAUAAAAAAAUCUGCUCUGGAGAAAAAGGUCAUAAGUGUCAAGAGUGUGGAAAAGCCUUUCAGAGAAGUUCACACCUUGUCAGACAUCAGAAAAUUCAUCUUGGUGAGAAGCCUUAUCAGUGCAAGGAAUGUGGAAAAGUCUUUAGCCAGAAUGCUGGCCUCUUAGAACAUCUCAGAAUUCAUACUGGAGAGAAACCUUAUCUGUGUAUUCACUGUGGAAAGAACUUUCGGCGCAGCUCUCACCUCAAUAGACAUCAGAGAAUUCACAGUCAAGAGGAGCCCUGUGAAUGCAAGGAUUGUGGAAAAACUUUUAGUCAGGCCCUCCUCCUCACCCACCACCAGAGAAUCCACAGUCAUUCCAAAAGCCACCUAUGUAAUGAAUGUGGGAAGUCCUUCAGUUUGACCUCAGACCUUAUUCGACAUCACAGGAUUCACACUGGAGAAAAACCUUUCAAGUGUAGUAUAUGCCAGAAAGCCUUCCGACUGAACUCACACCUAUCUCAGCAUGUAAGAAUACACAAUGAAGAAAAAUCCUAUGAGUGUAAUAUAUGUGGAGAAGCCUUCAGGCAAAGGUCGGGUUUGUUUCAACAUCAAAGAUAUCACCACAAAGAUAAACUGGCUUAAAGUGUCUAUUUCUUAUGGUACAUCAGAGAUAGUGCGUUAGCCAACAAUCAUCAUUUUAAGAAAAGUCACAACUCUUGCAUGAAAGAACUCUUGAGGGCCACACUGCUUGCUGUCUACCUUCAUCCUCUCUUCUUUGUUUUCCUUGAAGUCAGUCUGAACCACAGUCAUUUGGCCCUAGAUGUGACUGUAGAAUGAAAGGUAAGCACCAUUCUUUCCUGCGUAUUGAAAGCCUUUAACAUGGCAAAUACAUGGUAUCUAGCUCCAGGUAGCUUUGGAAAUAGCAUCGAAUCAAAUAUUUGUAGCUUUAGAGGGUUAACCAAAAUGAGAGCUGGUUAUUUUAGUAUGCGCUAUAGCAACAGACUCCUAUACCAUAAAACUCAGGAUAUUUAGAAACAUGCCACACUAAUGCCCAGGAUCCCUUUCUGGUAAUAUCACCUAUCUCCUUUCACUCCCAGUCAGCAUAAGUGUUUUGGAAAGCAAAGAUGAUCUAUUUUUUACACCCCCCAUCUUUGCACAGUACUGCUUUAAUUCGGCUUAGAAUUCAAGAUUUUAUUCAGAUUGUGGAAGAGACUUCUAGUCAUUAGGGUGAACUGUGCUUAGUUUAUACAAGUGGCAAUGGUCUGUUUUGGUAACUCUAAUACUCCAGUGCCAUGUAGUGACUGCUGCACACACCUGUUCAGUAAAUGUCUGGAAGAUUGAAAUUAGACUUUUCCUCUGUAACACUAAUGAUGUGAUUUGUAACUGUUGCUUCUUUGGGAAGUCUUUAAAAAUAAAGUUAUCUUGAAGGAAAUUGUGAUUUUUAUGCUGUAAAUACCAAAAGGUCAUGAUAUUGAUUUUAAAUAUUAAAUAUAAUAUUUAGUUAAAUGUAAAUAAAAUAGUAAAUGUAAUUAAGUCUGCUGAUGGAUAUGUUAUAAGAAUAAUAAAAUUUAAAAAGAUUACCAUUA